AUGAUCUGUGACCAACUUGUCACUGAAAACACUUUAGCACUAUUCAACCUAAAUGAGGUGAAGAUAGCUGACAGGAACUGCCUUGGAGGGGUAAUCAGUGCAACUCAAGGAUCAAGGGAAUCUCAGACCAUUGUGGGUGAUGAUACUCUAUCUGUAGUUCAUCAUGAACUUCAAGAUUAUGAUAAGCUUAUGAUCAAUGAAGAUUCCCAUCCAGACAUCAUGCUACCUAAAAGAAGGGGUUGGAAAAGAAGUCUCAACAAGCAAGGGAAAUUAAAGAGAGAGGAUAAGUAUAAGCACUUCUCUAGAAUUGAGGUGAAAGAUGGGGUCUCUAGCAGAAUUUGGGAGGAUCCCUGGGUACCAUCUCUAAAAGCUGGUAUUCCUUCCCUAAAACAUGGAGUCCCAUGCGGUUUAGUUGGGGUUUACCAACUUCUGGAAGCUGGAGAUAGAAGAUGGAAUUUUAACCUCUUACACACAUUAUUUGAUGAUUAG